AUGGCAACGACUACUUAUGGUGGAAAGAACAUCAUUAUCGGGGGCAGUAAUAACUCUAGUACUGCCCCCGAUAAUAAAUCUUAUUCGGGGCGUCACCCCAUUUACCGAGGAAUAAGGAGAAGAAAAAGUAGUGGAAAAUGGGUGUCCGAAAUUCGCGAGCCAAAAUCCCCUAAUAGGAUUUGGCUCGGGACGUUUCCCACCCCCGAAAUGGCUGCCAUCGCGUAUGAUGUGGCGGCUAUAGCCCUAAAAGGUCCCGAGGCGGACCUCAACUUUCCGAACUUGGCUGCCUCUUUUCCUGUUCCUGCCACGAGCUCUGCUCGUGACAUCCAGAUAGCUGCAGCCGGGGCAGCUGCAGCUGUUGGGGCAGCCGGGGACGCGUUGUUAGCCGUGGCUGCGGGGCAUAGGGAGGUAGUAAUUAAUGAAAAGGGUAAAAUGGAGGAUAUGGAAAUUCAGAAUUUCGAGUUUAUGGAUGAGGAUUUGAUAUUUGAUAUGCCAAAUGUUCUUGUUAAUAUGGCUGAAGGGAUGUUACUUAGUCCACCAAGGUUUUAUAAUAUGCAUGAUGAUGAUGAUCACACUACUAUGGCCUACCAAAACUUGUGGAAUUAUACCUAA